AUGUCCGAGCCACCACCACCACCCCGCCAUAUCCUUCGGUCCCAUUCUACUGGCGUGACGACCCUCUUCAUCUCCCUGGACAACGAGCGAAUCUACUCUGGAGACGGUUCCGGAUUCGUUGUAUCGACGUCAACGCGUACAUUGCGUCCUAUAUCCUCUUGGAAGGCCCACAGCGACGGAUUACUCGGCAUACAGGAGUGGGGAGCCAACAUUAUCACACAAGGUCGAGACAAUAAGCUUCACGUAUGGCGUCGUGUCGAGGAGCUGCCAGGCAUCGGAGGAUCCGCUGCUCUGUCUGAAUCGCUUGUUCCCCUUCUCCGAUACUCGAUGGAUGUGAAUGCCUUGAACUAUUGCAGGUUUUCCUUAAUGCCUUUGCCGCCGAACGACAGCACGACAGGCUCAUCGUCCAAGGAUCAAUCUAACGAGGCCCUUAUUGCACUCCCAAAUUUAGUCGAAUCUUCAGAGGCCGAUGUUUGGUCUCUGCCAUCUUGUAAUCGAGUCCACGCUGCGAUAGGGAAGCAAGAAAGCAAUGGUCCUAUCCUUUCUACGGACGGGCGCGGGAAUCAGGCGACCGGUAUCAUAAUGUCUCUUCAUCUAUUUGAGCACGAUGGCGCUCUCCGAAUACUCAUAGCGUAUGAGAGCGGAAAUGUGACAUUGCGAGAAUUUGUCAAGUCUGAUAGGACAACGUCCGUUGAAGGGAUGGGAUGGAAAGUGUUGUGGAAGGUGAAGCUACAUGCUGAGGCUAUAAUGGCGAUGGGCGUAACACAAGAUAAUUCUAUGGCGUUAACGGUGUCCGCAGAUCAUCUGAUUGGUCGAUACGACUUGUCAGUAUGUCGCUCAUCAUUUGUAGCUGAGACGCAUCGAACAAAUCACCCGGGAAACGGGGCAGUCGCGAUUCGUGACGAUGGCAGAGUUUGUGCUGUAGGUGGAUGGGACGGACGAAUUCGCCUCUAUUCCACGAAAGCAUUUAAACCGCUAGGAACUCUGAAAUAUCACAAAAAUGGAUGCCAGGCUGUUGCCUUUGCACGAACGCUAUCCUCGCAUCAGGCCGAUGUAGAUGAAGACGAGGACGGCAUGAGUAAACAGGAAACAGAAGAGCGAUCUAGGUGGCUCAUUGGAGGUGCCAAGGAUAAACUCGUCACAAUAUGGUGUUUGAUGACUUUCAAUAAAACAUGA